CUGCUGAUAUAAGUAAUAUAGGGCAAACCUCAAUACACGCAACAAAUAAUGAAAUCGCAGCUAUAACUUCUAAUCAAAAUAGUCCUAAAGAGACUUCUUCUAGAUUUUUUGGUUAUGGUAUUAUGGCCGAUAAAAGUAUGUGGGGUGAAAAGAAAGUAUUAAUUAUUUGUUUUUCAUAUUGGAAUAAUAUUAAAGAAAAGCCAAUAAUUACCAUUGCCAAAGUAACUGAUAUAACACAUUGUAAUGCAGAAACAAUUUCGACUACGGUAUAUGAAAUGUGUAAACAAAAAGGAAUUGAUCCCCAAAUAUGUUAUUUUUGGCUAACCGACAAUACGGCAUAUAUAUCUUCAGAGGCCAAUAGUGCAAUUGCUAAAUUUAAUUUAUUAGUAGCUUCCAAAUCAUUUUGA